GAUUCUAUAUUCUUACAGUAAGAACCUUGAUUUCCAACUAUAUUAAUAUUUUUAGUUUCCUCUAUUUUAGGAUAAUUACCCCAUUAUACUACCAAACAAAACUUCAAAAAUUUUUUUGCAGUUCUUGUCUUUAUAUUAAUAUAAAGCCAAAGUAGUCCAUAAAAAGUUACUUGGAUUCAUUUUUCUCACUUUAUAUGAUUGUGAUCCCAACGGAACAUUUCUGAGAUAGUAGCUGUUGGAAUACUGGUUCACGCUUCCUCUUUUGCUGGUACUGCUGUCAAUCCGGAGCUUGGGUCUUAGACACUCAACAAAUAUUUGUUGUAUGAUCAAGGUGAAUGACAGGGCUAAACUGUUGGUUUUGUUUGGGACUGGGAAUCGAACUCGGGUCCUUGGGCUUGCAAGGCGGGCGGCAGAACCUCUAAGCUAAAUCCUCGGCCCUAGGGCUGAACUGAUUUUGAAAUUUCUCCUGUGAAUUUUAAAAUCUGGUGGGUUUAGAGCUGGUUGAAGCUAAUACAGUCCCAAGGCUUUGGGGUGUGGGUGUGGAAACGAUUCAAGAGAAGUCGGCGACUACAGGACAGGAGGCUGCUUCUGGCCGUAUAAAUCCGUACCGCGGUGCUGAGCGUGCCCCACGCCGCAUGCGUCCAAGAGAGGCUUUUUGGACCAGGCUGCUAAAAAAAGACUCCAGUUCAGAUAGAGACGGGGCCCUAUCCAAAUCCGGAAACUAAAUAUUAAAGGAAGUCCCACGUCCUGGCAUUCACGCUUCCGAGUAAACCUAACUUCUGGACUCAAUUCUAAACCUACAACACCUUUCGCAGGGUCUGUGGUAGGUAACAUACGUUGAUUGGUUGUACCUGAAGGUUCAUCCUAUGGUCGUGGGUUUUGAUAACUUCGGCUUCCUAUUGGGCCAUUUGUCUCCAAUCGGAAGGGUUUCUGAACAUCAAUCUUCCGGCGGAGCAGACCAUUGGUUGAAAGGAUAGGGGCGGAUCCGUAGGUUUUCGGAGCAGCCAGAAGUAAAGCAAGGGACUGAAAAGCAAACCCGGCGGCUCCCUCGAGGCCUCGCAUCAAAACCCUAAACCCGGACCGCCUGAUCCGGCCCCCACCUCGCUCAGAAUGACACUGGAUGUGGGGCCGGAGGAUGAGCUGCCCGACUGGGCCGCGGCCAAGGAGUUUUACCAGAAGUACGACCCUAAGGACGUCAUUGGAAGAGGCGUGAGCUCUGUGGUCCGCCGUUGUGUUCAUCGAGCCACUGGCGAUGAGUUUGCUGUGAAGAUCAUGGAGGUGACAGCUGAGCGGCUGAGCCCUGAGCAACUGGAGGAGGUGCGGGAAGCCACACGGAGAGAGACUCACAUCCUUCGCCAGGUCGCUGGCCACCCCCACAUCAUCACUCUCAUCGAUUCCUACGAGUCUCCCAGCUUCAUGUUCCUGGUGUUUGACCUGAUGCGGAAGGGAGAGCUGUUUGACUAUCUCACAGAGAAGGUGGCCCUCUCAGAGAAGGAAACCAGGUCCAUCAUGAGGUCUCUGCUGGAAGCAGUGCGUUUUCUCCAUGCCAACAACAUUGUACACCGAGACCUGAAGCCUGAGAAUAUUCUCCUAGAUGACAGUAUGCAGAUCCGACUCUCAGAUUUUGGGUUCUCCUGCCACUUGGAACCUGGAAAGAAGCUUCGAGAGCUGUGUGGGACCCCAGGGUAUCUAGCACCAGAGAUCCUGAAAUGUUCCAUGGAUGAAACCCACCCAGGCUAUGGCAAGGAGGUCGACCUCUGGGCGUGUGGGGUGAUUCUCUUCACACUCCUGGCUGGCUCACCCCCAUUCUGGCACCGACGCCAGAUCCUGAUGUUACGCAUGAUCAUGGAGGGCCGGUACCAGUUCAAUUCACCUGAGUGGGACGACCGUUCAGACACUGUCAAAGACCUGAUCUCGAGGCUGCUGCAGGUAGAUCCUGAGGAGCGCCUGACAGCUGAGCAGGCCCUGCAGCAUCCCUUCUUUGAGCGCUGCAAAGGUAGCCAACUCUGGAACCUUUCACCCCAGCAGCGGUUCCGGGUGGCGGUGUGGACAGUGCUGGCUGCUGGACGAGUGGCCUUAAGUACCCGCCGUGUGCGGCCAGUGACCAAGAGUGCACUGCUGAGGGACCCCUAUGCGCUGCGGCCAGUGCGGCGCCUCAUUGACAACUGUGCCUUCCGGCUCUAUGGGCACUGGGUGAAGAAGGGUGAGCAGCAGAACCGAGCAGCCCUCUUCCAGCACCGGCCCACUGGGCCUUUUCCUCUCAUCGGCACUGAAGAGGAGGGGGACUCCACUACUGUUGCUGAGGAUGAGGCUGCACGGGUCCUGGGCUAGGCCCUCAGCCCUGAGAAGUUCAGAAAGCAGGAUUCCUGGGAAGUGUGAACCAUUCCAGCCCCCCUGGGCCCUUGCUGUAGGACCUGCCUUGCCCUACUGCUCAUGCUCCCAUCAUAAGAGAACUCUGUAGCCUGCUCGCCCUUCCUGGCCGAGGCUUAAGAGAUCAGAGCUGGGGUGGAAGAGCUGCUCCAGAUGCCAUGCCCAGUUGCAUCAGUGCUGUCUCUGCUAUAUCUGAAAUAAAAUCUGUUCCACACC